UAUUUAUGUGCGGCGCGGUGUUCGGCGUGCCAUUGUGAAGGAAUUUUUGCGUCUGGCAUUUGUUCCUUGAUAAAAAAAUCACAUUCCCUUGACUGGUGAGCUAAUGAACCAAGCCACAACGCCGCAGUUACAGUUUACAGCCGUUUGUUACGAGUAUUGACAAGUCUACAUCAAUUAAGUUGGAUAUUUUUAGUGAUAAACACACGUUACUCAAACACAAGAUGGACCCGGAAAGCGUUUACGAAACCUACCUGACCCCGAUGCAGGAAUUCUACAAACAAUCAAAAGUAUUCGUCACAGGCGCAACGGGAUUUCUCGGACGUAUACUAGUCGAAAAACUAUUACGAGCAUGCUACGUAGACACAAUCUACGUCAUGAUAAGAGAAAAAAAGGGAAAAGAAAUGGACGUGCGAUUGAAGGAACUUUUCGACAGCGUUGUCUUCGACCGCCUGCGAGGUGAGCAACCAGACUUUCGCGGACGCAUUGUUGGUUUAUACGGUGACUGCGCCAAGCCACAUCUCGGGAUAAAGGAAGCCGAUCGUGAAAUGUUGAUUGAAAACGUGAAUUUUGUCUUCCACUGCGCUGCAACGGUGAAUUUCGAUGAAAAACUGCACAUGGCGACGUUUAUUAACAUCCGUGGCACGCAGGAGAUGCUUGCGCUUGCGCGUCAAAUGCGCCAUCUUGUGUUCUUCACGCAUGUAUCCACUGCAUACGCUCAUUGUGAAAGAAAACAACUUGAAGAAGAGUUUUUUGAGUCUACAUACAAAGCGAGGCAGUUAAUAACCAUAGUUGAGCAAUUACCAGAGAAAACAAUCGAUAAAAUUGAACCUAUCAUCUUAGAUGAGUUUCCUAAUACUUAUGCGUUCACAAAAACAAUUUCCGAGCAGUUGAUUGAAGAAAUGGACGAUUUUCCCAUCGCCAUGUUUCGUCCUGCCAUUAUUGUUUCAACGUUCAAAGAACCAAUCCCAGGCUGGAUAAACAAUUAUUACGGCCCGCAGGGUGUGACAGCAGGCGCCAUGAUAGGUUUACUGCGCACACUCCAAUGCGAUGAGAAAGUAGACGCGAAUAUUGUCCCUGUUGACAUGUGUGCUAAUGGUUUACUUGCGAUUCCAUGGGACGCACGCAAAAAAUACGACGAAAUCGUUGAAUUCAACAAAAACGCUAUGGAAGUGGACGAACAUAACCUACAACGUAAAAAGUACAAAGUGCCUGUGUAUCACUUCGAAUCAAACUCGACGAAUCCAAUAAGCUGGAAACGUUUUCGUGAAUUGACGCAAAGCUAUGGUUUUGAUUAUCUUACAGUGAAGAUGAUAGGGAUUUAUUUCUUUCAUUUGAGGAAGAAUUACUUCACGAAUUGGCUGGCGACCAUUUUCAUGCACUACCUGCCCGCCAUCUUUUAUGAUUUAGCUUUAUUAUGCACUGGUAGUAAACCUAGGAUGAUUCAAGCGUAUAAGAAGGUGCAUAAGUUCUCUUCGGUUAUUUCUUACUUCUGUACACAAAACUGGCACUACGAGAGCAAGAAUUAUAUUGGUUUGUGUGAUAGAAUGUGCGAACAGGACGCCGCGUUGUUUUUGUGUGAUUUGAGGAAGCUCGACUGGCCUACAUUCUUUAAAACUUAUCUGGUGGGAUGCAGAGUGUAUCUUAUCAAGGAUCCCAUUGAAACUAUACCUGAAGCAAAGAGGUUGUAUAAAAAAUUUGCUUUGGGGACGUAUUGUGUGUUGGCGUUUGUGUUUCUGCUUUUAGCCAUGAUGAUAUACAAUAUGUUUAAGUUUUGAUAUGUUUAUAACCUGAAAAUGUUAAAAAUAAGUUUUAUAUGUUAAUUAUUACGAUAAACAGUUUUUAUAAUA